AAAGAAAAGAACCACCACAACAACAACGACCACAAUAAGAAGAACAGAACAGGGACUCGAAUUCCCACGCAAAGGUGAUUGAAAGCAAGAAACAAUGGAAAACAAGAGCUGGGCUGUUGAUGUUAGGGAGGAGGUCGAACGUAUGAGUCUCUCCGAUGAAGAGGAGAUGUGGAAGAAGCGUUCCAUUUACAGAAUACCGACGUGGUGCGCGGAUCUCAACCGCAAGGCCUACAAGCCUCAGGUGAUCUCUUUUGGGCCCAUCCAUCACGGUGAGGCCCACCUGAAACCGAUGGAGGAGCACAAGCGCAGAGCACUUGUUCACUUCCUCAAGAGAACGGACAAGCCCAUUGACAUUUACAGGGAUGCAUUGGCGAAAGUGGUGCAGCAGUUGAUGGACUCCUACGAGCAACUCGACGAGGAAUGGAGGGAUAGUGAGAAGUUCCUGCAGCUGAUGAUUUUGGAUGGGUGCUUCAUGCUGGAGAUGUUGUACAAGGCCCAUGGGAUGACCGACAACUAUGCUUUCAGCGACCCCAUUUUCAGCUACCAUGGCAAGGUCCAUAACAUGCCUUUUAUCAGAAGAGAUAUGCUGAUGAUUGAAAACCAGAUUCCUCUGCUCGUGCUGGAGAAGUUGAUUGCCGUUGAAAAAGGAGAAGACAAUAAUGAAGAGUUCAUACACAAGCUGAUACUGAAGUUCUGCAUCUUAAACGCAAAACCCAUGAAGAUGGGUCUAGGUCUCCAUGUAUUAGACGUGGUCAGGAAGAGCAUGCUUCAGAUCCGACAUCCCCGGCCCAGUUCGUCGACCCCACCCAUCCCUUCCCUUCCAUCAUUUCCGACUCACCCAAGCACAGGCGAGAUCGUUCGGUCUGCCUGGGAGCUCUACGAGGCCGGCAUUCGGUUCAAGAAAAGCAAGACCCAGAGCCUCAAAGACGUCAAAUUCCGUGAUGGAAUCCUCAGGCUCCCUGUCGUAGUCGUCGACGACACUACCGAAUCCACAUUCCUCAACCUAAUGGCCUUCGAGCGGCUUCAUGUGGGGGCUGGGAAUGAAGUAACAUCAUAUGUCUGUUUCAUGGAUAACCUUAUUGAUACAGGGAAAGACGUGAGCCUUCUCCACUCCAAAGGCAUCAUCCAGAAUGCUUUAGGGAGUGAUAAAGAUGCAGCGAAGCUCUUCAAUUCGCUGACCAAGGAUGCUACGCUCGAACCAGAUGGUAACCUGGAUGAUGUGCAACGGAAGGUGAAUGACUACUGCAAGAAGCAAUGGAACAAAUGGCGGGCCAACCUCAUACACACCUACUUCAGGAGCCCAUGGGCUGUUAUCUCCCUCAUCGCAGCCGUUUUCCUUCUGGGUCUAACCGUGGCCCAGACCGUCUACAGUAUCCUUCCAUACUAUAAUUAAUAAUCACAGAGGCUAACAAGUAUGAAUGAGCCAUAUAUAAGUGUGCUUUUUGCUCUUUUGUUCUUCAUGGCCUUCGCUGUUC